GUUCUCAACAUAUGGCCGGAUUCCAAGGUUUGAGCUUGCGAGAGGCGGUUGAGAUGCUAACUUUGGAGUUUUCUAAGCUUAAAUAUUGGCUUAACGAAAUUAUUAUUGAUUUGAUUAUCAGAAUCCCACGUGCCCCCACGACGAUAACCUUUUGAUUGUGGCAUUGACGCAAAAGGGAAGAAAAUGUCAGCCAUUUUCUACAAACCCACCGCUACUUUCACUUUCACUUGCCUUCCCAGUCUCAAAUCUCCGAAACCCUUUUCCGGUUCCCGGUUUCCCUCCUCAAAGUUGGGUUAUCGUGGUGAAUUUGUUUCCCAGAGAGCUCUCAGAAAUGCCAUGAAUGGGUUGAUUCCAACCGGUGCUUUCGGGAGCAGUGGUGGCGACGAAGGUGGUAGGGCCUUUGAACAGGAAGCUUUGGCUCAAGGGUCUUCCGAUUUUCGCCCAAAUUUUGGUGCUUCUGGGCUCGAAUCCACACUCAAUCGUCUGAGCAAGUGGCUUGUGACGGCACUUUUCAGUGCAAUUGUACUCUGGAGGCAUGAUGCUGAAGCUUUAUGGGCUGCUAUGGGCUCUGUUAUAAAUGUUGGGCUCUCAACCAUACUGAAGCAGAUACUAAACCAAGAGCGUCCCGUUUCUACAUUGAGAUCUGAUCCUGGAAUGCCAUCUUCACAUGCACAAUCCAUAUUCUUUACUGUCAUAUUUACUGUCAUGUCAAUGUUUCAAUGGCUUGGAGCUAGCGUCCUUUCAGUAACUCUUAGUGGCCUUGCUUUUGCAUUCGGCUCAUAUCUGUCAUGGCUGCGAGUUUCACAGCAACUUCAUACAAUCAGCCAAGUGGCCGUGGGUGCCAUGUUAGGAUCUGUGUUCUCAUUUUUGUGGCUUUGGUUAUGGGAUGCAGUUGUGCUCAAGGCAUUUAUCUCCUAUUUGUGGGUUCGAAUUAUCGUGGUAUUUGGUGCAGCCGGAUUUUGCUUGGGAUUUCUUAUAUACACAAUCCGGCACUGGGUUAUUGACAGAAGAUGAUCAUAGUCGUAUACAUUGACUACUCUUUUAGAUGAGUUGCUUUCUUGUUUCUUUGUUAAUCUGUAUACAGCACCCUAAUUCUUUUGCAGGAUCAGUAUUAUUUGAAAUAAAGUUUACAUUUCACUGUCUGCAAGGGUGUGAAAAUGCCAUCUGCAGCCAUGUCGUGCACAGUAAACUAGUGGCUAAUCAAAACUCUUCCUUUACAAAGUUUACAUGGUGGGAGAAGGAACUCGAAGUCCUUGAUACAAGUGCUGUUUUUCUUAGUCAUUAAAUGACGGUUGAAGUCUAAAAAGGGUGUCCCAAAUGCAGGGUUUCUGCUUUCCAAAUGUGAGGGUUGUAUAUGUGCUCAGCUCUCUCUUCGCUUUUAUGUAGAGAGCUUAUUUUCGCAAUUUAAAUGUGUGACCUUUUCGAUCACAGAGAGCAUCCUUGCUAUUACCACAUAGGCAAGAAGAAGUGCUAGGCUGGUGGUUUUUAUUCUACCUGGAUUUCAAGUUGGGGACAUGUUUGGAAGGAAAAUGAAAGGAAAAGAAAGGGAGACGUAUGAUGAAUAAAGUUGCUUGGUCAUGCCUUUGUUUAAUUUAUCAUAACAUGUUGAAUGGCCAUAUUUCACUACUAUUUUAGUAAAGCAGACACAUUCAUCAUCUUCAACAAGCACAUUACAGGACUCAGAUUAAGCAAGAAUUUUGCUUAAUGCAGUUGUCCUAAUUAAGCACUCAUGACUUACCCUCCUGGAUGAAACCAUUACUCAUCUCUAGAAGAGAAACCAUUAUCUAAAAACCUUAACAAACAAAUACCCUUAUAACACGAACACAUUAACUCAACUUUGGCAAGCUCUCCAAGUCUUCAUCUUCCUAGUUCCCAAUCCUCUUCCCCUUGUGCCUGGCCCGCCACUGAGCCCUUCUGCUAGCCCUGGCCCUCUUCCACCUCUGUAUGUUCCUCAGCCGGGCGAAAAUUUUCCGGAUUUGGUACAGCUUGUGGGACUGUUUGGCUAUGACAUUUGCAGUUGAAGUGUCUUGGCUGAGGACUAUCUCAUAGCCAUCCCGGAAGGAGUCCAUCCCUCCGGCCAGGAGC